UGCUGAAAGUUUUAGGUCGUAAAAGACAGUUAUCGGCGAAUUAUGUAUUAAACGGCAAUAAAAUAUAUUAGUGAAAAUGAGAAAAGUGUAGUGGCGCAAGUGAUUAUGUUAAUGCAGUGUUAAUCGGAACACUUUCCGGGUUAAAAAUUAAAUGCUGCAACGACCGAUUCGAAUAUAAACGAGUAAUAAAUCGACAGUGAUUGUCGUACGAUACUGAACCUUUUUUUGUGUAAACGAAAAGGAAUAAACCCCAAAAUGUGCUAUAUAACCAAGUCCGUUACGAUCAUCAUAACGCUAUAUACAGUGUCAAACGUCAGUCCCAUUCCCUAUUCGAAAUACAGUGACUACUCGUCACACAAGGUGUACACAAGGAACAUAACUUUAAGACAGGGCACGCUGCGAGGUGUAGUGCACGGACCCAAAAUGAACAGAGACUUGCCACUCGUGGAAGUGUAUCGGGGUAUCCCCUAUGCAGCGCCACCCAUCGGGGAAUUGAGGUUCAUGCCACCGGGUGGUGCUCCUUCGUGGUUUGGGAUCAAGUAUGCAGACACUUUCGGUCCGGUCUGUCCUCAGCAAUUCCCGGAUGAGAGGAAUAUGGCUUACUACAGGAAGGAGUACUUUUUAAGGCUUAAGAAAUACUUGCAGGACCAGAACGAGGACUGCCUGUAUCUGAAUAUCUACGCUCCUUAUCAAG